GAGGUGGCAGCAACACAGCUCAAAGGAUCCUAGAGGGCAAUAAAUACCACAGAAGAAGAGAGUCAGCAUGUUAUGGUGCUGAAUGAAGAGAACAUGUCUGCUUCCGCCGGUGAGCCAAACUUCUGCCCUGAAUGCGGGAAUGUCCUUCCGCUGCCUGGGAUGUCCCAAACAGUCCGCUGCCCUCGCUGCUCCUUCUCCAUUCCUGUUAUAGAAUUCUCUGGCCUGGAAGUGUGUUCAGCUGUGGUCUUUAACCCCGUGGAGCAGUCGGCGGCGGCUCUGGAGGACGAGGAAGGCGGCUCGGAGCUGAAGGGACCUGUGAUCGACAGACGCUGCGCUCGCUGCAAUAAAGAAGGGAUGAUCUACCACACCAGGCAGAUGAGGUCUGCAGAUGAAGGGCAGACGGUCUUCUUCACCUGUAUGCACUGCAGGUAUCAAGAGAAGGAAGAUUCGUGAGGAAGACAUCCCACAGCUGGGAUAGCUCCUCAGUUAUUAGACGGACCAGAUGUGGAACGGGACGGCAGCUGGCUGCCUCCAGUGGAGAUGCUCAUUUUCUCUGAAUAAUCUCAAUCUGGUUUUAUCUGAUGGUUGUUAAUGAUGCAUAAAACUCACAGCUGGAAAUAAAGGUUAGA